UGCCGACGUCUAAACGAAGUAAGUCGAUGACAAUUUUUGUGGGAAAUCUACUUUACUAACGAGUUAUACCUUGAGGAGUAUGUUGGCUAUAAAACUUCUGCUAGUGUUGUUGCUGUUUUUCAGCACUUCACUACUUACUAAUGGCCAGCAAAGUGAGUGUAUCCGCACUGUAGCUACGAUGGAAACCUACGAGUAUUAUGCGCAGGGUGCCUACAGAUCUGAGUACAACUGCGGUUUCUGGGGGUGGAGCAGGUGUUACCGGUACAUCCAGUCUUGCAAUAAUUGCUGGGGAGUAAAUAUUUUGCUACCAAUACCUUUAGCAGCCUGUCUAGAGCCUUUUCAAUUAUUGCUGCGAGAGUGUGCGAAUUGCAAAAAAUGGAGCCAGGCAGUGGAUAAUGAGUUCAUCACAUUUUUCUAUAUAGCACUCGCUACACGUCACAUCUAAAAUAUGGUUCACGUCUGGCGUAUCAUCAAGAACUGUUUGUUGCAGUGGAUACCUUAGGGUUGGAGGAGAAUGCAUUCUAUCAUGUCCCAACUGCCCCGAGUCCCACUCAUGUCUAGCACCUUAUUUCUGUGCCUGUCCAGAGAACUGGUCUGGUGAAGGAUGCACAGAGCCUCCACAGAAUGUGGCUCUCACAGCAACUGGGCCUGAUACACUGCGGUUCAGAUGGUCACCACCUCCAGAUUUAGUUGUAACUCUCUACGUUGUCAUUUUUCAAGAUGAAACGCAUCACGUUGAUCCUUCGAGUGAUCUGGUCAUGGACCUGGACUCACUGAAUACAUACACAGCCUACACCUGCUGUGUUGCUGCUAACACUACCUCUGGACCAUCAAGAAUAGCAUGUGCUACACAAAGAACAUUACAAAGAGCUCCUGGAGAUGCACCACGCAAUUUUAUACUAAGAACCUUGAACUCCACUGCCAUACACAUCCAAUGGGGCCCUCCUCUCACUCCCAAUGGUAUCAUCAUUCAUUAUACCAUCUACAUCAACAAUGGCAACCCACCCCUCAAUGUUGAUGCUACAAGUGCUGGUUUGCAGCAUGUUUCAGUGGGUGGUUUCUCCCCUGACCAAAGUGUAACGGUUCGUCUCUCAGCUAGUACAACGGCUGGAGAAGGACCAAAAACAGCUUCUCAAAGUGUCACCACUGACGAGGCUGUUCCAGGUCGAGUAGAGAAUCUAAAUGUCAUUGCAGUAGAUGCCAAUACGUUCGAUGUCUCUUGGGGCCCUCCAACAUCCCCUAAUGGAGAACUCACUGGAUAUACAGUCCUGGUCAAAAAUUUGAUGAACACUACCGAAACACCUUUCAUGAUUGAGUCCCACUUAAACCAACUUAGAGUUGAUGGAGGAAUUGGUCCUUAUGUAAGAUACAGUGUAUUAGUGGCAGCCUCCACUGCUGUGGGUCUCGGAAUCCCUGUUGAAAAGACACUGUACUCACAAGAAGGAAGUCCACAGAGCCCACCUCCGAAUGUAAACAGCACUCGAAAGUCAGCCACCAAUGCCAGUGUAGAGUGGGAUGGGAUAAGGUGGGAGGACCUGAGAGGGUGGCUGGUGGACUAUGAGAUUGGGUAUGGUAGGGUGAUGAUGUCUGUCCACCAGCAGUGCCCUGCUAAUGACUCCACCUACACUGAGACCCUGUCUGUAGAUAGUGAAGGAGAAUACGAAUUGACUGGUCUAGAUCCAGGACUGCAGUACUGUGUGAGGCUGGCUGGGAGGACCAGUGCUGGAGCUGGACCUUUCUCACACACACUCAUUCCAUGGCAUACCAACAGUGUUUUCACUGUCAAACUACAGAUGUCAUACUGCACAGAAUGGAUCGCAGUAAAGCCAGCAGAGAUAGUGGAAGACCUUUCAAGGGCUUUCAGCAGUGGAAUUGAACUCACUUGCAACUGCACAUUUACCAGUGACUACAUUGCAGAUGGACAACUAACUUGUCGCAAUGACAUUCUGAUAUUCCAGGGAAGGAUAAUAAGCACUACUGACCGCAACAGCACAGAUCUCUUGACAAAUUUUGAGACAUGGUUAUCGACUGAUCCAACAAUAAUGGCCAGGGGCGAAGAACUCAAACUCUUUAAGAACGAACGCUUUACCGAAUCAGAAAACAGGAAUCAGUCCAUCGUGGGAGCCACGGCUGGGGUUGCUGCUGUUCUCAUUCUACUGGUUGCUUUGGUCAUUGUCUUGAUUCUGUGGCGCAUAAACAGGAGAAAGUUAUCUAUGGCAGUGGGUUGUCGACUUGCAUCUGCCACAUCACUCAAUUCAAUAGCAGCAGAUUACGAAGAGCCCCUGAAGACAGUUUUCAGCAAGCCACCAAUGAAAGAUCGAAAACCUAUUCCUGCCCCUAACACAUUUCCAAAGCCGCUAAAAGUUACUCCGAAACCUCUAGAAUUAUCCCCCAGGCAACAAAAACCACCUCUGCAGCCUCCUCCUAAGAAUCCUUCCAUUUCUCGAGAGAAAGCUAACAAGCACGCCCUCAAAGAGCAGAAAACGUCGCUCAUCGAUUGUGAAAUGCCCAUCGCUGGGACUGAAAAUGUGUAUGAUGAUCCAGAUAAUAUUACGAGUGGUGCAAAGGAUGGAAUUGCAAGCUUCCCUAACAUUGCCUAUAACAGACCGUCAACAAAGGGCACUCAGAAAUGAAACUACUUACACUAUAUACAAACAUUAAUGCUUUGUAGUGACAUCAGUAGUGAAAAUUAUUCUGUUACGUGAGUGUAAGGAUGACAAAGUUAUUUAUAC